CAAAAGUAGCCGGCAAGCUGCAUCCCUCUUCGCGGCAGAGGUUUGACUACAGUCAGAAGAAACACACACAAAAAAGUUUUACGGCUGGCGAGCGACGAUCCUGAGCAGUCGGAGGAGCGAUCUCCGAUCUGAUCCUGAUCUGACAGAGAGAAGGAGGCGGGUUACCACUGUCAAGUUGCAAAGUUGCUUCCAGACGUCAGACAUUACUCCUGAUUCGUGGAAAAUUACAAUGGCUGACCGAUUCGACUGUGACAAUUGCAAAGAAUCCUUGUAUGGCCGCAAGUACAUCCAGUCAGAUGACAGUCCGUACUGCAUCCCCUGCUAUGACAGUCUCUUCUCAAACACGUGUGAUGAGUGCAAAGAACUGAUUGGCCACGAUGCAAGGGAGCUCUUUUAUGAAGACCGGCAUUACCAUGAGCACUGCUUCCGCUGUUUCCGCUGUGAUCGCUCAUUGGCAGAUGAGCCCUUCACCAGCCAGGAUGACGCCUUGCUCUGCAAUGACUGCUACUGUAAUGAAUUCUCCUCCAAGUGUGUAGCCUGUGACAAGAUUGUCAUGCCAGGUACAAGAAAGCUGGAGUAUGCAGGUUCUACAUGGCACGAGGGCUGCUUCAUCUGUCACAGCUGUGAACAACCAAUUGGCUCAAAGUCUUUCAUUCCUGACAAGGAUGAGCACUACUGUGUGCCCUGCUACGAGGACAAGUUCGCCCCACGCUGCACGCGCUGUAAAAAGACCCUGGCUAAAGGUGGCGUGACCUAUCGGGAUGAGCCGUGGCAUAAGGAGUGUUUCGUGUGCACCAGCUGUAAGACGCAGCUGGCCGGUCAACAUUUCACCUCCCGAGAGGACAGCCCGUACUGCCUCAAGUGCUUUGGCAGCCUGUAUGCCAAAAAGUGCGAGGCCUGCAACAAACCAAUCACAGGUUUUGGAGGAGGAAAGUACAUCUCAUUUGAAGAGCGGCAGUGGCAUCAGCCGUGUUUCACCUGCUCCCAGUGCUCUGUUUCACUUGUGGGCGCUGGCUUCUUCCCCGACGGUGACAGGAUCCUGUGCCGCGAUUGCCACAGCAGCCUAUAGAGCCGUCACCCUGUUCUCAUCCUUUCCUCGAUUCGCUCUUUGGUUUAGCUUUUCAAGAACCCCAAGUCAUUACAGGCUUGGCAUCACAGGCAAACAAAUGCUGCCUCAGGUCAUUUAUGCAGACAUCAGUUCCACGUGUCUGUAUUGUACUUUCACAAGGGGUUAGUUCACAAAUCCUGUUUUGAUGGUGCAUUUUUUUGCAUGAACCACCACAAAGGUUUCCUCUUCGACCAAAAAGUUUUUGCUCAUGGAAUGCCUUAAUAGCAACUUUACUUGUACUCUAUGUACUGCUAAAGCAAAGCAAAGCAAAAUGCUUGUCACUUUGCAAAAAAACACAAAAAAACAAAAAGGUAAUUUUUAUAUACUUAAAAGUCACUUCAGGUGGAAGACAGGCUCUGAAGAGAAGGCACCAAACACUGAUACAGUAUAGUAUAUAAACCUUCCAGUUUGUAUUUCAAAAGUAUGGUGGAGUUACUGAUUAAAUGCUCUUAUAACUGCAGUUUUAUGCAUUUUGAAUGUUGCUUUUCCUCACGUGUCAGUUAUCUUUCUAUAAUGUAUGUCUCGCCUUAUGCAUCUUGAACAAGUUACUGUAUAUAAAGACUUAGAGGGAGUUGUGACACUUUUUUGAAAAGUGGCAAAAUUAGACCAGUUUUAUUAAAUUAAAAUAUCAAAGUAAAGCUGAGAGGAAAAAAAAGAAAUUGCUGAUUAUACCUUCCAUGAGGUAGUCAGCUUUCGGUUGUCAAUACAAUUCAUUUGCACUUUGGGUAGGAUAUCCUGUCGCUCCAUGUUAUGUGCACAUAAAAAAACACAAUUGAAAGACAUGGCACAAGACACACAAACCACUUUUUUGUCAUGUAUCUGCUUACAAUGAACUUUGCAAUGACACUUCCUUUAUACAAUAUUUAUCUUGCUUCUCUUUCUCAACUGUUGUAAUGAAUCUUUUUGUCAUUAUUUUUGCAAAGAGACAGCAUUUAUAAUCCAAAAGACGCUGAUAUAAAAUGUGUAUUGCAGGAAUAUGCAUGUGUUCAUCUGCCUUGAUUUGCCUCAGUAAUUAUUUUGUCGCUGUUGGCGCUGUCAGUGUUUUGUUUCUCUUUGUUAGUUUGUAUCAUGUAUGUGAAAAAGUAUAUAAAGAAUGGCUAUUUUAAUUUCAUUAUUUCAGCUUUGAUGCUGGUGAGUCAGAGUUGGCAAAUAUCCUUUUUACGAUGGAAAAUAGCCCAUCAAGAUGAUAACCAAAUGAACUUACUGUAAAUGAGAGGAUGAUUGAUAUGGCUUAAUGGUUAGUUUUAUUUUUGAAGCCUUAUUAAAUAACUUUACACUGAA